GCCCCGCCCCCAACUCCACCCAUCCUUAUCCCACCACCACCGCCACCAUACCCACCACCACUCCCCAUGCCCACCCCCUCGCCCAAACCCUAACCGUAGCGGCGUUCCCCUCUGGAUCCCACGACCUUGAACCAUGACCGCCAGUGGAGUAGCGGAGCGCCACCCCGGCUCGCCGGUGCUGGCGGCGGCGGCGGCGAGGAAGCCCGCCCCCGGCCAGCCCUGGUCCCACCUGGAGACGGUCCACCUCAUCGAGGCCUACGAGGAGAAGUGGUACUCCCUCAAGCGCGGCCAGCUCAAGGCCCAUCAGUGGGAGGAGGUCGCCGCCGCCGUCGCCACGCGAUGCGGCUUCGACGGUCUCUCCAAGACCGGUACCCAGUGCCGCCACAAGAUCGAGAAGCUCCGCAAGCGCUACCGUGCCGACCGCCUCCGCCCCAACCCCUCGGCCUGGCCCUACUUCGACCGCAUGGACCGCAUGGAGCGCGGCCCCCUCCCGAUCUCCGUCCGCCCCCCGGUCCCGCCCGUCUUUGCCGACGCCGAUGCCGCCGCCGGCGACCCCUCCAGCGAGGAGGAGGACGAAGAGGAUGACGAGGAGGAGGAGGAGCGGACGGCGAGCAACACCAGGAGCAUCAACGGCAUCCUCCGGGAGGGCAACUGGGGGUUUUCUAGGGUUUCGAGGAAUCCCAGGUCCAGAAAAAGGCGAGCUUUCGAGGAGGAGGAGGACGACGAAGAAGAAGAGGAGCAGGAGGAGGGGGUGGGAGCGCGAGGGGAGGCACUGUCGAAGCUGGCGGUGGUGGUGAGAAUGUUUGGAGAAGAGCUGGUGAGGAUGGAGAAGAGGAGGAUGGAGAUGCUGAGGGAGGUAGAGAGGGAUUGGAUGGAGAUGGAGGCGAAAAGGGCCGAGAUGAUUAUGGAGUCGCAGCGGUUCCUCGUGGACACCAUUGCCAAUGCUUUCUCUUCUCUAAAGAAGGCUAAGAAGUCCCAGGAUUCGUGAGAAUGCCAGGUCCUGCACUCCCCCACCCCACACCCUUUUAUCCUUUUGAGAUUUUUUUCCCUAAUAAAGAAAUUUUGGUGGGGAUAGCUUAUUUAGCCUUUUAUUUACCUUUCUAUGCUAAAUUAUGCCUUUUUUGUUUUCUGAUACCCAUGCAUCGAUGUGGACUGUAGGAACUGAAUAAUAUUAUGGUUUUAUUAUAAUUGGCAAUGGAUUUUGGUCUUUUACUGAGGACAGGGAAA